UACAGCACUGCAUUGUGGCAACGCAAGGAAUUGGUAACAUUGGGUUCGCUCUCGCAAACACUUAUUAACGAAAUGCCCGCCUCACCCAUCACAUUGUGUGUUGUGGCCAACAAUUACAGUCUUGCUAAGGAGUCGAAGGAGUCUCUCUGUAUGCUUAACCGCGCCAUUCAGGUGGAUCACGACUUUGCGUACGCCCACACCCUCCGUGGGUACGAGUUAUUGUACCUGGACCUAAAGUCUGAGGCGGUGGAUGCUUUUCAUGAGGCAAUUCUAAUCGAUGGUGGCCACUACAACGCAUACGCAGGUCUUGGCGAGUUGUACUUUAGAAGUGAGGAUUUGCAAAAGGCGCGUAAUUACUUUCAACAAGCCAUCAGUAUCAAUCCUUUACCGACCAUCAUGAACCGGUAUGCCGCUACAUACCACCGACGAGAUGCCACAAGGGAAAACCUGAAUGAAGCGCUGCGUAUAUAUGAAAGCGCCAUUCGAAGACAUCCGACCAACCUUGGUGCUCGUCAUCAGCGUGCAGAGGUGUUGAUUCGUCUCGGUCGCUUCCAUGAAGCCCAUGAUGAAUUGUUAGGGAUGACAAAAGAAUGUCCCGAUGAGGCAAUGUUGUAUGUGACACUUGCGAAGUGCGUUCAUCUCAUGGGCUUAACUGGUCAGGCGGUACAGUACUACCACACCGCGAUGGACUUGGACCCACGACGGGUCGGCUACAUUAAGAGCUGUUUGGAGAGGCUGGCGAUGGGAAAACCAGAUGUUGCGGAGGCGAAUGCCUAG